GUGUAGAGAAGCGCCUUUUAGUGUAUGUGUUUAAGCGCCUUUUAGUGUAUGUGUUUUAGCGCCUUUUAGUGCAUGUGUUUUUGAGGAGAGAGAACCGCAUGGGAAUGAGAUAUUGUAGAGUUAAUGUGAAAUUGUGAGAUGUAUUUCGUGGAGAUUAAUCGUUGUUGAGUAUUGUAAUUAAAGAGUUUUGGUAUUAUCUUAGUCCAGUUGUGCUUCGUGACAAUUUUGGAGGUCCCACCGAGACCAAACUUGUGGAAAUGAUGUGACAUUUUGACUUGUUUUUCGAGUGUGUUUUGUAUCGUGCAAACAUGGCGGUCGAACCUGAGCAAGCAGAAGCACCGAAUGUUGAGACGAAUAAAUUAUCUUUGUCAUUGUUUCGAAGGCCCGACAAGUUUAAAAUUGGCGAAGACUUUGAUUUGUUCAUCAAGAAAUGUAAUUUGUACUUCGAAGCAGUGGAACUUGAAGAUGUUAAAAAGCGACGAUUUGCGCUGUUGUUUAAUUUGAGCGAAGAUGCGUUUCGUUUGGCAGAACCGGUUGAGUUUGGCGAAGGGGAAAACGCGUACAAAGAUUGGAUUGGAAAGUUGAAGUCGUUAUUUGAAAGGAAUCAGACUGCUACAGAGAAACGUUACAAUUUUCAUCGUCGAGAACAGGAGCCUGGUGAGUCUGUUGAUUCGUAUGCUGUUUCUUUGCGAGAAGCUGGAGCUAGAUGUGGUUUCCAUGGUGACGAAUAUUCUAGCAGGUUGGUUGAUCAAUUUAUUUUGGGGUUGAGAGAUAAGGCCACCCAAAACAAGUUGUUACAAGAGCCACCAAACAGUUUAGAUGAUGCCUUGUUAAUUGCUCGAAGAUUUGAGGCAGCAAAUGCCACAAUGAAAACAUUAGCCAGAGAAGCAACAGAAAAAUUAAGUAGAACAACAAUUGGCUCAGUUAGUUCUUUGAAUGCUGCUAAAACAUGUUAUUCGUGUAAUGGAUUUGGUCAUGUGUCCAGACAGUGCCCUACUAUGAACAACUUCAGGCAAAAUAAUACUGCACGGCCACAAACUAAGUUAUGUUAUUCAUGUCAAAAGCCAGGACAUUUGGCAAAAUCCUGCCCCUUGGCUAAUCAACAACCAGUUAAUACUAAGCUCCAAGGUUAUGAUAAGAAUUGGCAAAUGGAUAGACACGUGACCAUUUGCUAUCGUUGUGGGAAUAGUGGCCAUAUUGCAAAGUUCUGUAAUGCCAAGUUGGAGGGAGGUCUGGGUUCUAGUAGAGAUGGUGAAAGCCCCAAGAAAAAUGAUUCAAAAAUCAGACUGUCUACUGUUUCUUCAGCGAGUAAGAAGAAAACCCUUAUGGUCGAGACUACUAUUAAUGGGAAAAACAAACUUUGUAUAGUUGACACUGGCGCAUCUAUUUCAUUAGUUAGUAAAGACCAGUGGCAACCUCUUAAACUGGAUGAUACCCCAUUAUUUCCAUCCGAUAUUGUUGCAGAAGCCGCUAACAAUUCUCCCAUUGGGAUUUUGGGCAAAACCACCUUGAAUGUGCAAUUUGAUGAAAACAACAAGUCAUCUCAUGACUUUUAUGUGGCUAAUGAAAUGGUGUCUGAAAUUAUUCUGGGUUUAGAUUGGUUAGUAACUAACAAAGUAAAUGUCGAUAUGGCUGAAAUGGUUUUGAAAUUCCCAGAUGGUACCACAAAACCCUUGUGUUUAUUUGAUUCAACCAUAGCAGAUCCCCUGGGCGUUGUUCUAGAUGAGGAUUUGGUUGUUCCGGCGAAACAUGAAGUUUUCAAAACUGCCAGGGUCCGAAAUCCCACUUUAAAUGAAAGCAUCUUAGAGCCUAAUAUGAACUUAUCCGGGAAAGGUGUUCUUGUAGCAAGAGUUAUUGUACAGCCAAAAGAACAGAGGGUACCCAUCCAGAUUAUUAAUCCAGGGACAUCACCUAUUAAGUUGUACAAGGGCAUGACUGUUGGGCAACUUCAGCAAGUUGGUGAUGAGUUAAGAGACCCAACAUUUAUUAAUUCAAAGUGUGGUACAUCAUCUGCCGAGGAUAAGAUCAAAUUUGAGUUAGAGCAUCUGUCGGGUGAGGAGCGAGAGAGGAUGGAAAAUUUGUUGAAUAAACACCAAGAUGUUUUCGCGAAAAAUUCUAGUGAACUUGGCGUAACCACACUAGCAGAGCAUAAGAUUGAGACAGGCGAUGCCGUACCUGUUAAACAGCUGCCUCGAAGACUGCCCAAUUCUCUGAGAACCGUUGUUGAAGACCAAGUAGAAGAAAUGUUGGAAAACAACAUAAUUAAGCCGAGUAAUUCACCAUGGUCAAGUCCUAUAGUCUUAGUUCGAAAGAAAGAUGGGACAUGGCGUUUUUGUAUUGAUUUCAGGAAACUAAAUGAUGUCACAGUGAAAGAUGCUUUCCCACUUCCCCAGGUUGCUGAUUUGAUGGAUAACUUAGCUGGUCAUCAGUAUUUUUCGACACUCGACCUAGCCUCGGGAUAUUGGCAGGUUCCAGUUGACGAAUCUAGUCAGGAGAAAACAGCUUUCGUGAUUCCAGGGGGUGGUCACUUUGAAUUCCUGCGUAUGCCCUUUGGCCUAACGAAUGCUGUGCCCACGUUCCAGCGACUUAUGCUUACUGUGUUGAAUGGUCUUUUGCCACUCAAGUGUCUGGUUUACUUAGAUGAUGUUUUGGUCGUGGGUCGCACGUUUGACCAACAUUUGGAGAAUUUGGACGAUGUCUUGCAGGCCAUAGACAGAGCUGGAUUGAGACUUAAGUUGUCCAAGUGUAGUUUUGCGAAGCCAAGUGUGGAUUUCUUGGGUUUUACCGUUUCUGCUGCUGGUCUGGCCCCAAAUGUGACCAAAGUUGAAGCAAUCCGUGCUUUUCCUACCCCACAGAAUCUCACUGAGUUGCGACGUUUCCUGGGUAUGGCCUCUUACUACAGGCGUUUUAUUUCUGGUUUCAGUGACAUUGCAGGUCCUCUUCAUCGUCUGACGCAAAAAGGUGUCCGCUUUGAUUGGGACAAGAACUGUCAACGAGCGUUCGAACAACUGAAAGAACAACUUAUAUCUGCCCCUGUUUUGGCAUUUCCUGACUUAAAUGGAGACUAUAUAUUGUAUACGGAUGCGAGUGAUGUGGGCAUAGGCGCAGUGCUGACCCAAAAGGAUGAAAAUGAGGAAGAAAAAGUGGUUUCUUUUGCAUCUAAGGCAUUUUCGGGUGCUGAAAAGAACUGGACAACAACAGAAAAGGAAGCAUUUGCAGUGGUCUGGGCUUUACAAUACUUUCACCCAUAUGUAUAUGGGAGAAAGGUCACCAUAUAUACUGAUCAUAAGGCUUUGAAAUGGCUUCGAGACAUCAAACAUCCAAAUGGUAAAUUAGCUCGUUGGAUCUUAAAAUUGGAAGAAUAUGACUAUACGAUAGAACACCUACCUAACACGAAAAUGCAGCAUGCGGAUGCCUUGUCUCGUGCACCUGUGAACACUAUCUUGGUUUCAAUGUCAACCUGGCAAGAGUUUGAAGACAUGCAAACGUUCGACGAGGAUAUUCAGUUGGUUAAAGAAUGGGUGCAAAGUGGUUCUAGACCAGAUCAAAAACCGGUUGAUGUGAGUGUAACUCUAGAUACAUUAUACAAGAAUUUUGAUUCAUUGGUUGUCAAAAAUCAUGUCUUAUGUCGAAAGUGGACUGAUAAGACAGCAAAGGAACGAGAGCAAAUUGUGGUACCUACCUAUCUAACUCCUAACAUACUGAAAGAAGCCCACUGUCAAGUUGGACAUUUAGGCGUUGCAAAAACGUUUGAGAUGAUUCAACGGAAGUUUUAUUGGCCUGGAUUCUUUAAAGCUGUUGAAGAAUUUUGUAGAAAUUGUGAAGUUUGUUCCAAAAAUAAAGCAGUACCUAGGCCGCGGAGUCCGAUGAAGCCAAUCGAAGUGAUACCCAUACCAUUUUAUAUGAUUGGUGUAGACAUUAUUGGUCCAUUAAAAACAACUAGUAAAGGAAACAAAUACAUUUUGUCAGUCGUUGAUUACUACACAAAGUACGCAGAGGCAGUAGCAUUGCCAAAUCAAGAAGCAGUUACAGUUGCGAGAGCCCUGGAAGACAUCUUUGCUAGACAUGGAAUGCCCUCAGUCCUACUAACAGAUCAAGGCAGUAAUUUUGAGUCCAAAGUGAUUGCAAGUCUAUGUGAAAUGUUUGGAAUUGAAAAGAGACGGACUACAGCCUACCAUCCCCAAACAGACGGGUUAUGCGAGCGGUUUAAUGGUAUUUUGAAAUCCUUGUUGAGAAUGAGAGUAAACAAAGAGAAAAAUGAUUGGGACGAGCAGCUGCCACAUGCGUUACUGGCUUAUCGGGUUAGUACGCAAUCCUCUACGGGUGUGACACCAUUCGAAAUGUUAUAUGGUAGAGAAGUGAGAUUGCCAUUUGGAACGGAUCAAGAAAAACUGGUAUCUAGCCCAACACAUGGUCCAGCCAAAUACGUUGAAGAGUUAAAGAAGAGACAAGAUAUUCUCCGGAAAUUGGUUACUAAAAGGAUCGAGAAAGCGCAAGAGAAGCAGAAACGUAGUUAUGAUUUACGAUAUCGAGCACAACAAAACAAGCGGUUUUACGUGGGGGACACUGUUCUAUUAAAGAAUUUUCGAGCGCGAGGUUUAGAUGAAAAGUAUACGGGUCCUUACAUCAUUGUUAACAUUCGAGAGAACGAUUGCGAGAUAGAGUCAUUGGAAAGCAGAAAGCGUAAAGUUGUACAUGCGAAUAAUCUAAGACGGUUUGUCGUAGAAACAGUUGCUAAUCCAUUGGGUGAGGAAUCGGAAGACAUGCUAAGUUCUGAUUCGGAUGAGUCUACGAUUGAACUUAUUAAUGAGCGUGCUGGAGUACGUAUAGCACCACGUGGAAUCGAUGAUCAAGCAGAACCAUUAAAUUUACGUUAUAACUUAAGACAGAAUCGAAGACAACCCGAUCGUUAUGGAGUACCUGUGUUGGAUUAUUAAACACUGUGAACAGAUAAGUUAAACACUAUUAUAGUAAUGGAAGUGUUGCAUGAACUUUGUCGAUUUGAACUAUUUUAUACCUACUUUCGUGUUGAGUUAACCAGUGAACUGUUAUAGUCAGUAAUCAAGUUGAUUUUAGGUGGGGGGAGUGUAGAGAAGCGCCUUUUAGUGUAUGUGUUUAAGCGCCUUUUAGUGUAUGUGUUUUAGCGCCUUUUAGUGCAUGUGUUUUUAGAGGAGAGAGAACCGCAUGGAAGUGAGAUAUUGUAGAGUUAAUGGUGAAAUUGUGAGAUGUAUU